CCUUCGCGUACGUACAAAGCCGAGCAUUGCGUGUUUGCGCAGGACGGACAAGCUGACUUCGUUCUCCGUGUGCUGUCGAGCGCUCCAGAAAAGCCUCGAUCGCUCGCAUCACCAAUCCACGACUCUUAGCGCCUCCCCGAUCUCCUCUGAGGAGGCAGAACAUCCGACCUGAUCAGGAAGAAGGGGAAACCUUCACUCCUCUCGACGACUGACCCGGACAACUUGCUAUAUUGCACGAUGGAUCCACGCUUCGCAUCCGGUAGCGGACCAAAGCCAUACUCGUCGGGUGGAGUAGGCAGCAGGUUCGUCAGUUCCGACGCGCUGGAAGAAGCUCAACAGAAGAAGGAGGAAGAAAGAAGAGCUGCGUACGCUAGAACUGGACAAGCACCGCCGCCGACCGAGGACGAUCAGCCUUACGAUCCUCGUACAUUAUACGAACGUCUUCAAGCGCAAAAAGCUGCCAAACAAGAAGCAUUCGAUGAGAAGUACAAGCUGUCGAAUCAAUUCAGAGGGAUAGAUGACGAGGAGAGCGUCUUUCUGUCCGAUGUUCAGGACGAGAGACGAAGGGAAGAGGCGGAGAAGAAAAAGAAGGAGCUCGAAGAGCUCAAAGCGUUCAGAUUGUCUUUGCCUUACACCACAUGCCUCGUGACGCUUCAUGCCACUCGUGAUGCUCGACGAGCCCAGAGCUGCCAUGCGCAAGAGUCCCACGCCGCCUCCUCUAAGGCGGCAACAAACAGCGAUGAGCAGGCGGGAAGCAAUUCGUCCGCGGAAAUUACUGUCCCGAAGUCAGCCGCGGAGAAGGCGACGGGCGAUCCAAUCGCGCCGACCUCGGAACGGUAAAAGGAAUGCGUGGCGAAAUCAAAGUCACGCAUGAGGCAAAGCAGAUUGUAGUAGCAAAGGACACCAACGCCCGCAACACAAUGUCAUCAGAAGGUCUCAAUCCGAUGUACCUUUUUUUGUUCUCAUUAGCUUCGACAUCCUUGCUUGC